GAGUCACUGUCGUUUCAGCCGGGCGGCGGAGCAGACCGACGCGCCUGGUGCCCCGGGGAGGGGCACCACCAGGGUAAGAGGAGGAGGAGGAGGUGGAGAGGAAGAGACGCCCUCCCUGCCCGAGACCUCUCGAGACUCUGACUCCAGAGGCUAGGGGACUGACAGUUCCUUUACCUGGGCUGCCUGAAGAGCCCACGACCCUGGAGGGCCCUGAGCCCACGGCACCAGGGGCCCCAGCACCACCCCAGUGGCCUAAAGCGACAGUCUCAGGGACCACUGCAAGGUUUCCAGUUGCCUAGACAACGAACCCAGGGUCAGAGCAACAACCCUUCCAGCCACCUGUCUGAACUGCUGCCUCAGGCACCAGUCCCAGCCCCGUGCAUCCAGCCCAGGUGACAUGCCGGUGCUCUCCAUCCCCCGGCCCUCGAGGGUGACCACGCUGAAGCGCACAGCUGUGCUACUGGCCCUCACGGCCUAUGGAGCCCACAAAAUCUACCCCCUGGUGCGGCAGUGCCUGGUUCCGGCCAGGGGCCCUCAGGUGCCAGCAGGGGAGUCCACACAAGAGACCUCCGGGGCCACAACAGCCGCAGCAGCCAAGGCCGGCGUGAACCGGGUGUUCUUGCAGCGACUCUUGUGGCUCCUGCGGCUACUCUUCCCCAGGAUCCUGUGCCGUGAGACGGGGCUGCUGGCACUGCACUCAGCCACCCUGGUGAGCCGGACUUUCCUGUCAGUAUAUGUGGCCCGCCUGGAUGGACGGCUGGCCCGCUGUAUCGUGCGCAAGGACCCGCGGGCCUUUGGCUGGCAGCUCUUACAGUGGCUUCUCAUCGCCCUCCCUGCCACCUUCAUCAACAGUGCCAUCCGCUACCUGGAGGGCCAGCUGGCCCUGUCUUUUCGCAGCCGUCUAGUGGCCCACGCCUACAGCCUCUACUUCUCCCAGCAGACUUACUACCGAGUCAGCAACAUGGACGGGCGGCUUCGCAACCCUGACCAGUCCCUGACGGAGGAUGUGGUGGCCUUUGCUGCCUCUGUGGCCCACCUCUACUCCAACCUGACCAAGCCGCUCCUGGAUGUGGCUGUGACCGCCUACACCCUGCUUCGAGCAGCCCGCUCCCGCGGGGCCGGCACAGCCUGGCCCUCGGCCAUUGCUGGUCUUGUGGUGUUCCUCACAGCCAACGUGCUGCGAGCCUUCUCACCCAAAUUUGGGGAGCUGGUGGCAGAGGAGGCACGGCGGAAAGGGGAGCUGCGCUACAUGCACUCUCGCGUGGUGGCCAACUCAGAGGAGAUAGCCUUCUAUGGGGGCCACGAGGUGGAGCUGGCCCUGCUGCAGCACUCCUACCAGGACCUGGCUUCGCAGAUCAACCUCAUCCUUCUGGAACGCCUGUGGUACGUCAUGCUGGAGCAGUUCCUUAUGAAGUAUGUGUGGAGCGCCUCAGGCCUGCUCAUGGUGGCCGUCCCCAUAAUCACCGCCACCGGCUACUCAGAGUCAGCCUCAGAGGCCAUGAAGAAGGCAGCCUCAGAGCUGAGGGAGGAGGAACUGGUGAGCGAGCGCACAGAAGCCUUCACCAUUGCCCGCAACCUCCUCACAGCUGCUGCUGAUGCCAUUGAGCGGAUCAUGUCGUCCUACAAGGAGGUGACAGAGCUAGCUGGCUACACGGCCCGGGUACAUGAGAUGUUUCAGGUAUUCGAUGACGUCCAGCACUGCCGUUUCAAGAGGCCCGGGGAGCCCGAGGACACUCAGGUGGGGGCCGGGGCCGUGGUGAAGCCUGGUGUCCGUGUGGAGGGGCCCCUGCAGAUCCGAGGCCAAGUGGUGGAUGUGGAGCAGGGAAUUAUUUGUGAGAACAUCCCCAUCAUCACGCCCACAGGAGAGGUGGUGGUGGCCAGCCUCAACAUCAGGGUAGAAGAGGGCAUGCACUUGCUCAUCACGGGGCCCAACGGCUGCGGCAAGAGUUCUCUGUUCCGGAUCCUUGGCGGGCUCUGGCCCACGUACGGUGGUGUACUCUACAAGCCCCUGCCACAGCGCAUGUUCUACAUUCCUCAGAGGCCCUACAUGUCCGUGGGCUCCUUGCGCGACCAGGUGAUCUACCCAGACUCGGUGGAGGACAUGCAAAGGAAGGGCUAUUCAGAGCAGCACCUGGAAGCCAUUCUGGACAUCGUGCACCUGAACCACAUCCUGCAGCGGGAAGGAGGUUGGGAGGCCGUGUGUGACUGGAAGGACGUUCUGUCAGGGGGUGAGAAGCAGAGAAUCGGCAUGGCCCGCAUGUUCUACCACAGGCCCAAGUAUGCCCUCCUGGAUGAAUGUACCAGCGCCGUGAGCAUUGACGUGGAAGGCAAGAUCUUCCAGGCAGCCAAGGACGCAGGCAUUGCCCUGCUUUCCAUCACCCACCGACCCUCCCUGUGGAAGUACCAUACACACUUGCUGCAGUUCGAUGGGGAGGGCGGCUGGAAGUUCGAGAAACUUGACUCGGCUGCCCGCCUGAGCCUGACUGAGGAGAAGCAGCGGCUUGAGCAGCAGCUGGCGGGCGUUCCCAAGAUGCAGCGGCGCCUCCAGGAGCUCUGCCAGAUCCUGGGCCAAGGCCUCCAGGGUGCCACCACCUGACAGAGGGCUGUGGCUCUUGGCUCUCAGCCCUUGCCCUUCCCCAAACCCUUGGGUCACAUGAAGGACACAGCAGCGCCUGCCCACUCACCCCCACACCCAGCAUGCCUUUCCCUCCUCCCCAGCCUCUUGGCCACCGGCCUGCCAUGCUGAGAGGACUGCCAGCAACUCAGUGUGUGCCCCUCCGUGACCCUGCCUCUGGGCAAGUAGACAUGGAGGGUCCUACCCUGCUGCCUGCGCCACCCCUGCCUCCUUCCCUGCCCCACUGUAACUGUGACCUGGGCAGGGGGGCUGAGUCCUUUCUUUUCUCUGGGGAGGGGGAGAGGGGAGGAGGUGAG